AUGACUUCUCCAUUUGUUUUGGUAAAGAUUCUAAAACUAUAUCAAAAGGAAUAUUAUGAUGAAUAUGUUUUGCCUUUAUUACGUAAGCCAAAAAUAACAUUUGAUAUCAAACUUGAUGACUCGUUUUUGAUAACAGAUAUUAGACGCAAGGCUGAAAAUCAUCAGUAUAAAAACAGUUCUGAAGUAAUUGAGGAUUUAUCACGUGUAAUCCGUUUUGUAGAU